AUGAACAAGAUCCCUUUGGAGUUGCAUAUGUGGUGGGAGGAUCUGGGUAAAUCAGAGCAAGAUAAGGUCAAUCUACAUUUGGGAGGUCUCACCGGAUUGUUGAAGAUAAGGCCUAGAGGAGACAUCAUAAAGGCGUUGGUUACGUUUUGGGACCCAGCUCACAACGUCUUGCAUUUCUCGGAUUUCGAACUCACACCCACCUUGGAAGAGAUAGCAGGUUAUAUGGGAAGUACUGAAGGUCUGAGGCAUAAGUAUCUGAUCGCUCCAAGAGCCGUUAACUCUCACAAGUUCAUGGAUUUGCUAAAGAUAAGCAAGAGUCUCAGAUACGGGCAUGUAGGAGGAUUCAACAACCCGGAAAGCGGGGUUUGUAGCAAAGGGAACCGAGCAAAAUGGGAUGAGCAUAGGCGUUUCGCUUUCAUGGUAGCUUUCUUAGGCCUCGUGAUGUUUCCCCGGAAAGAUGGGAAUAUCGAUCUGCGGGUGGCUGGAGUCGUCAAAGUCUUGAUUACCAAUGCCAAGAGCACCCUUGCUCCUAUGAUAGUAUCUGAGAUAUACCGAGCUCUCACAUCUUGUAAAGUUGGGGCAGAUUUCUUCGAGGGAUGCAAUUUGCUACUACAAAUGUGGAUGAUCGAACACCUGUGUCACCGCCCUCAGUAUAUGAGUUAUGGGUCCGCAGAGAAAAGUUGCAUUGAAGAGUUCAACACAAGGAUGUCAAGGUUCAAGUUACCAGAGGGGUUUGGAGAUUGGGUAUCCCGCCUUCGCUCCAUCACUGCGAGGCAAAUAGAAUGGACAUUAGGUUGGCUUCCUGUUGAAGAAAUUGUGUAUAUGCCCGCCACUGGUCCUUACUUCCUCCUAAUGGGUCUUCGAGGCAUUCAGCCUUACGCUCCAUACUGGGUAAUGAGACAGUUGGGAAGGUGUCAGGUGAUGCACCCAGAUGAAUAUCUUAGUGUUUAUGCGGUCGAGGUUAGCUCCGACGGCCAAUUUCAUGAAGAAACAGUUCGUUCUAUUUGGAACGAGUGCCAGUAUUUGACAGCAACCACUCGAGUGCGUGACCUAUCUAGAGGCGAGGUCUCACCCGCCUAUCUUGCCUGGUAUAGAAAGAAGAACACUGCAAGGGCCGAACCAGAAAGACCAGCCAAAAAGCCUCACAUUCAGGAAUUCGUUGAGGCGUCGCAAGAACAGUGGGCUUGGUUGGCCAAGGAGAAUGAGUACAGGGCCACCAUAAGCAGGCUAGAAAAGCAAGUCAAAGACCUUCAAUCCGAGAAUAGUUUGCAAGCCACGGCGGAUGAGGGUGAAAAGAAAAAGCUAGCCAAAGAAAAUGAGGCCCUUCGAGCCCAGAUUCAAAAAAUGAAAACAGCAGCCGAAAAUCCCGCCAGAAGUACAAAGGAUGAAAAGUCUAUAAAGAACCUUAGGUAG